AUGGAGGAGAGGGAUCCAUCGGCCAUCCACAUCAUGCAGAUGGUGGUGGGUUCGAAGUCGCCGCGGUUCCAGAUGGUCUUCCUGAAGAGUCUCCUCAUGCACCACUUUGAGAAAGGCGAGCCCAAUGCCGCUCCCAUCCACCUCCACUUCCUCACAGACAAGGCCACGCGAUUCAUUGUGGAGGGCAUUCUCGAGAGCUGGCGCCUCAACAAAAUACGCCUUACGUUUUAUCCCGCCGAGCCCAUUCAGGCCAAAAUAGGAUGGAUGAGGAGUACACACUCGGCUACGAAGGUGGCAACCAUGAAGAUGUAUCUGCCGGAAAUUCUCAACUCCACGGUUGCGAAGGUCCUUCUCCUCGAUUCCGAUACCGUGUUCAUGACCGACGUCGCCGAGUUGUGGAGACACUUCGACCAAUUUGGCAAAUACCAGUUUCUGGGAAUGGCCAUAGAACAGGCCACAAUGCCCUUCGACUUCACGCGUUUCGGUGGUGAGAAGAGGUCCUUCGGCUACAACGCUGGCAUAAUGAUGUGGUAUAUGCAGCGACUGACGCAGACGAAGUGGGACGCCAUCUGGCAACCGACGCUGAAACGAGCCAUGGCAGUGUACACCUGGCUACCGGCAGCCGAACAGACACUCAUAAACGCUGUCAUCCUGGACAAUCCGGACAUAUUUUACGCUCUGCCGUGCACGUGGAAUUUGCAGAUGUACGAGGCGGGUCAUUCGGAGGACUGUCUCACCACGUGGAACAGGCCACCCGGUGACAACAUUCCUGAGCCGAAGCUGUUGCACGCCGAUAGGGUGAAUAAAUUGGAGACGUACUUUUGGCUGGAAGAGAGCAAGGAAUUGGCUAAAAACGUGGUGGACAUCACAAAGCGCUACAUCGCCAUACGCAGUCGGUACCACAUGCAGAACGGCUACCAAUUUCGUCAUCGACCAAUAGAAGCACCGGUUUUCGACUUUCGUGGGGUGAUGAGCAGACUGCAUCCACAUGGACAGGUGGUGAGUGCCACGAAGCUCUGCCAAUCGAGAUGGCAGGUCUUCACACCGUGGUGUGAUGAGUCGAAGCACUUCCUAUUCACCCUCGACCACCGCAUUCAUCCCCUCUACGUGAGUCAGGACCACGGCAAACUUGUGGAGAACAGCAACCACGUGACGCUGGCUGUCACCUUGGACAUCAACAAUUUCGGCGAAUUCAGGGAUCUUGCAGCAAAGUGGAAUGGAUUCAUAAGUGUGGCGGUUCACGCGACAGAUGAGGAGGCACACAGUCUCCUGGUUCGUAUAGACAGCUCGAUUGAGCUCAAGGAUCGAUCCAACAUCUUCUACCACAUUGUUUACCGCAACUCGUCCUUCCACGAAAGCGCUGCUCUGCAUAAUACUGCUGUGGUAUACGCACCAACACGUCGUGUGCUGCUGAUACCACACGCGAGAGUGAAUGUUGCGGAGUUGAAUAGAGUGGUCAAAGCAAAUUUGGCUGGAGAACGACCGGCAGAUACCGUAGUCAUGGUAGGUGGUGCAAAUAACGACUGCAGUUACAUGUCCGGCGGAAUUUGCGCAUUGAGAGAGGACAGCAUCUUUGGUCUCAAGGAAGACUUCAGGCAAAGUGUACAAGGCGUCUUGCUUCUGACAGGAAGCUCUCUGUUACCGAACGACUUGGAUGAGGCAGACAGAGCAACACAGUUGCUGGCACUCAUUGCCAAUGCCGUCCGUCGAUGA